AUCUGGACUAUGUGAUAAUGUACCAGAAAUGCAGAAAUCAUGACUUUGGUUUCUUUUUUCUCUUUCCUCUUCAAGUCGUUGAUAAUGGCUCUUAGCAAUUUCAGCUGGAGGCCACCCCAACCUUCUUUUUUCCUGGUAGGGAUUCCGGGUUUAGAGGAAAGCCAGCACUGGAUCGCACUGCCCAUGGGCAUCCUUUACGUCCUUGCUCUAGUGGGCAAUGCUACUAUUCUCUUCAUCAUCUGGAUGGACCCCUCCUUGCACCAACCUAUGUACCUCUUCCUGUCCAUGCUAGCUGCCAUCGACCUGGUUCUGGCCUCCUCCACUGCACCCAAAGCCCUUGCAGUGCUCCUGGUUCACGCCCAUGAGAUUGGGUACACUGUCUGCCUGAUCCAGAUGUUCUUCAUCCAUGCAUUCUCCUCCAUGGAGUCGGGGGUACUUGUGGCCAUGGCUCUGGAUCGCUAUGUAGCCAUUUGUCACCCCUUGCACCAUUCCACGAUCCUGCAUCCAGGGGUCAUAGGACGCAUUGGAAUGGUGGUGCUGGUGCGGGGAUUACUACUCCUCAUCCCCUUCCCCAUUCUGUUGCAAAAACUUAUCUUCUGCCAGGCCACUGUCAUAGGCCAUGCCUAUUGUGAACAUAUGGCUGUUGUGAAACUUGCCUGCUCGGAAACCACAGUGAACCGAGCUUAUGGACUGACUGUGGCCUUGCUUGUGGUUGGGCUGGAUGUCCUGGCCAUUGGUGUUUCCUAUGCCCACAUCCUCCAGGCAGUGCUGAAGGUACCAGGGAGUGAGGCCCGACUUAAGGCCUUUGGCACAUGUGGAUCUCAUGUUUGUGUCAUCCUGGUCUUCUAUGUCCCUGGAAUUUUCUCCUUCCUCACUCACCGCUUUAGCCACCAUGUACCCCAUCAUGUUCAUGUUCUUCUGGCCAUACUGUAUCUCCUCGUGCCACCUGCACUCAAUCCUCUUGUCUAUGGGAUGAAGACUCAGCAGAUCCGCCAGCGAGUGCUCAGGGUAUUUACACAAAAGAAUUGAUCUGAACAUAUUCUCAUUGUUUUCUUCAGAGGCUCCUGCCACGGACAUAGCCAGGAGCUCAUGGCUGGUGUAGAUUAUAUGGAUAGGAGUAAUUUUCACAGCUACUAGUCCUCCUAGUGUCCCUCAUAUCACAGCAAAGAAUAUUCAGAGACACUUGGCUUCACAGCUUAUUGGGAUAUAGUGGAUACCUGGAUAUUUGUGAAUAGUUUUUCCAUUCUUUUGCUUCUGAUUCCAACAUUUUCCUACUCCUGUGUCAGAGAGACUCAAGGACAGGAGAAAUGGAUGACAGCUCUGGAUGGGUCAUCUUUCCUGAUGUUGUCCAAUGAUAGACUAUGCAAUAUUCUCUGAAAUUGCAAUGGAAAGUCCCACCCUCUGCUUGAUUUUAGGGUUAGAGUGUCGUCCAAACCUCUAAGUUUGUGCUGGCAGCCCCAGAUCAUUGAAAUUCUGUGUAUUAAUAGGGUUUCUGCAUAACAGCUUAGAAGACCACAAUGUGAGAAAAUGCCUUUCACUGUAAGAUGAGUGUUAUUUAUUAAAAAAAAAAAUGGGGUAGGUAGUAUAAUAUAUCAUAGGAAUAAAAAAAUAGGAUUUUAAAUUUUUUUUUUAUUAUUUAUUAUGUAUUUAUUUGUAAUUUAAAAUUUAUUUAUAUGUUUGCUUUGGGUAAAGAGGAAAUAAGACCAAGUACUGAUGAUAUAUAUACCAUAUAUAUAUAUGGUAUUAUUAGCAUUCAAUAACCAUAAAAUGUGCUAGAUUUUGGUGUUGGCAAACAUAGCUUUAAGAGAUAAAUAAAUAAAUAAGUAGUCAUGCCACUAAAAAAUGAGUUUCAGUCUCUCCUUCUGAAAUAGAGAUACAGAGUGAUGUCAAUUAGAUCUUUCAUUUCUGUUCAUAGGAACUGGGUAAGAACUUAUAAGAGGACUGUCACUAUUGGUGUAUUGCAUACUGUCUGUUAGAUGUGGCCCUAAGAUCUGGCUUGACUCUUUUUUGUUCCUAAAAAGUAACACAUUUUGUUUAGUCCUGGAAGAGGUGAAGUCAUUGCUAUUUUGAGGUAAGAUGCUCAGGUGAUGAGAAUAUCUUAUCCUGGGAUUUUAUAUUGGUAGCAGUGGUGGAAUUAGGUAAUUAGGUCUUUCUACUUUCUCCUUUUUUGGUAAAUUUUACUCUCAGUAAAAUACUUUUCUGUUUGAGAAACAAAGUAUUAUACUUUUAAUUUGGUUGGUGCAUAUGAAUGAAUUAGGGAGAAUUGGAGUGAACUGUCCUUGUUGCAAGAGGAAUUACACAUUCUCAUCAGCUUAACUCCAGGUGUGGGGACUUAACAGAUUUGGUAAGGCAUUCUAGAGAAACUCAGGCUAUGGUGUGUCAUAUGUAUUGGAAGAAACUUUCUUGACCCUAGAGAGUCUAAACUUCAUUUUGGUAGGCUGUAACAAGUAGUUUGUUGCUCUUUCUUUGCAUUUAUAUUACUUGCUGAUGCUUGCAAAGUGGAUAUGAUGGUGGGAUCUGAGGCAGUUUUCUUCGAUUACAGGCUAGAAAUGUGAGUUGAAGAUGGCGCAAUGAUAUGAACAAGCUGUGUUCCUGACACUGUCUGGGCUGCCAACCCUGACUUUUAUCUGAGACAGAAAUAAACUUGUGUUUUAACUAAACUACUAUAUUUUUGGUAAUCUUCAUUGCAACAGACCAACUUAUAGCCUAAAAUAUAAAAGUUUUUCAUCUCAGAUUU